UUGAUAUGAAUUAACACACACCCAGGCACUACAGAGGUUGGCUGUUGAGGGUACCUGAGUUGGGUCACAUAUCCUGUACUACAGUCACAAACUGCUAUCACAGGAACAAGAAUAAAAAGGUUUUCCAGAUAGUGAGGUGCACCAGAGUGAACUUCUCACCAGGCAGAACAGAAUGUAUCUCGACCGGAUGCUCCCCGAUCCCGAAAUGGGACCCACUAUGUUGCUUGAGAAUCAACAGUGCCACUACGUGCCACAUCAGCAGAAAGAGCCUCGUGGGAUGUUUCAUUUCCCCGUGUCGGGUCCAUCAAGCCCGUUGUCGGUAGAGUCUGAAUCUAACUGCUCAAGCCCGGAAGCGAAAGCGCCCGUGGAAGCUCGAGUGAGACGUCCUCUAAAUGCGUUCAUCAUCUGGACCAAAGAGGAGCGCAGACGCCUAGCGCAGCUAAACCCUGACCUGGAGAACACUGACCUCAGUAAAAUACUUGGCAAGACAUGGAAGGCCAUGUCUCUGGCAGAGAAGCGUCCUUACAUGCAAGAAGCAGAAAGACUACGAAUCCAACAUACCAUUGACUAUCCCAACUACAAAUACCGGCCCCGUCGACGAAAAUGCAACAAGCGUGUCAGCAAGACGGCUUCAAGUGAGACUGUCAGUUCUCCAAAUGCCUCUUUUCACCUUAGAUGUAUGUUACAAGGUCAAGUUGGACAGAAACCAUACAAUCAAAUCAACUCCUAUAAGCUCCCACACAGUGGGUUUCCUCUCGAAAACCACUCUUCAUCAUACCACUUUGAAGCAACAACAUCAAAUGGAAACAUGAUGUUCCACGGUGGUGCAACAUUACUGAACUCUUCUUCUGUACAUCUGCCUCUGGCUACUUACUCCGAGUCGCUGUUGUAUUCGCAGCAUUCUGUGCAACAGAAUGGGGUGGAACUCAGUGAUCGAUGGGGAACUGAGGUAUGUGCAUGUGUACUGUGCUUAGGUGGACCUUCUCUGGAGUUCUACUUAGAACAAGUGAGAUCGGACAUGUUGGACCAGCUUGACCGCAGUGAAUUUGACCAGUAUCUCAAUCCAGCACAGCCUGUGGACCAGAACGAGUGACCAUAAACAUAAACUUUGAAUACUGCCAUACAGACACUUCAGUGGUGAAUUUUUUUUUUUCUACUGCCAGUGCAAUGAAUUCUUACUGUGAGACAGUGUAUAUUAAAUAGUGUUUAUAUGUAAUGUAAACAUUGAUGGCCAUGCAGUGUUUAACUUUAGUUUGUUGUGUAUUUAUAGAUAUUAUUAUUAUUAUUAUUAUUAUUCUUUUCUUUUUUACUCUUUUUUUUACUUGAGAAAAAGUUGGCUUUUAGGAUGAUAUAAAUAAAAUAUCUGUCAAUAUGG